AUGGCUCUCACGCUGCCCAAUCGAAGCAAGGCGUACUUUCAAGCCUGGAACCACUCAGUGACGGAAGUGGAGGCGCUGCAUGCACCGGGCUCCACGCUUUGUUUCUCAGAUGGCACAGAGAUUGCACAGACCGAGCCGGGCGUUUUCCGGGAAGCACUGCAGACGCGCUGGGAUGCUGGGCAACGCAGCGUUUUGGCUGCCGAGGAAGUCUUCGUCUCCGCGAAGGGCAACAUCUGUUUCACCUUGGUCGAUUCCGCUCUUCCGGCGCCCCCUGCCGAAGACCCGGCGCUCGACUCCCCUGGCGAAGUGCUUCACUCGCCCUGCUGCUUUGAGCUGGAGUUUGAUCCAGAUGGCGGCGUUGUUGCAGUUUCUGAGUAUUCACUGCUGGACGAGGCAGCAUCGCCCGAGCUUGCUGGCUGGGUUGCGAGAUACUUCGACUGCUGGAACCAGCAUGACCCCGAAGCUAUGCAGAAUGUUCACGCUGCCGAGUCUUUCAUUUACCUUUCCGACGAAGUCCAGUAUGGACCCAGUUCCGAGGAUGUCGUGCGAGGAUGGGAGCAAACUUGGGUAGCAGCAGAGGCACCGAGAACUUCUCUGCGCCUUUUCGCACGGGCCGGCGGCAAGCGUGUCAUUGCUCUUCGUUCUGAAAAGGGCCCCCGGCCAAACUGCGAAGUCCUGGAUUUCGACGAUGCCGGCCUUUGCACCUCCUACAUCUUUGCUGACGCAGAGCGCUUGUUGCACCGACUUGCGACGGCAAUUCAGUUCGGAGCUCCACAAGAAGUGCUGCAGCUCGUUCGGCGAGGGCUGCCGUUGCUUGCAGAUGUUGAGCUGGAAGUUGACGGUGCACUGCUGCCAGGAGGAACUUGGCUCGACCUGGCCAUGCAGCUGAAACGCCAUCUGACCCCAAAUUCCUGGCCUUAG